AGUGCGUGUCACUCAGGAUGUACUCGCGACCACGCCCCCGAAGCAAAGCUCGUGGAGCAGUGGGAAAGCCUCACCGCGAGGCAAAAAGCUGAAUGUUUUAUAUAAGGAAUAAUUUGAACAAAUCGACCAGGCAUUUAAUUGGAUAUUUAUACGAACACCAAGACAUUUUACUUUCGGGAUAUCGGACGUGAAAUCAGAUACGUUUGUUAGCUACCAUUGUGUUUGCUAAAUUGCGAUUUUCCUUCAGUCGUUCCUUUAGCUACAACAAGGCUAGCUAGUUAGAAUUUUGCCGGCACGUUAUUGUUGCUUUAAAGGUUAGCAGAAGCGAGCUCGCUAACUAGCCAAAUAUAGCUAAACUGGCUAUUAUUUGGAUGCGUUUAGUUAGCUAGCUAAAUAGUUUGAGGCAUUUUCCAUUUUGUAUUUAGCCAGUUCAUUUCGCUGCUCCUAAACCGCAUAGCAAAUUGGUUUGCGGUCUCGUUUAGCUGUCACUGCCUUACUCUUCUGUAGUGGGUGCUACAUUCCCCACCGAGGUCGCUAGCAAGAUACCUGGGACGAUAAAGACGUUGCAGUGUUCGGCUAAUCCCGGGAAGACGGUGUGAUUAAAGGUGGUCGCAGCACUGUCAAGGAAACUGGUGGGGAAAAGGGAAGUAGCUUGUUGGUUGGCUUCAGUUAGGAUAUAAAGUGUCGCAUGUAGGGAAGGCGGAUAAAUAAACUAUUUGGGUUGAGAGCUAAUCGGAGGUAAGACAUAUACAUACGUCAAACGAAGUGCACAAUUUGCCUUUCCAGAGCACCACACAAUCAUUGAAUUAUGUAAUAGCAACUACCGUUGAGCUAGUUAGUUUGGUACGAGUAACGUUACUGGAAUUUCUAAAUUGAAUGAAACUCGUAACUACCGGUAACUUGAAGAACUUCUCGGCUAUCGGCUAAAUCAGCCUUGCUAGCCAACCUGCCUGGCAUCCAUGAUAUUUCACAGGCUAGCAAAAUAGAUAACGUUAGAUAGCUGCAACUUUACUCACAUUGGAUAGUUAGUUAGCUACGUCGUUAGCCGUAAAGGUUCGGGUUCCGGCCUAACGUUAGCCAGCAUAUGAUUUGGUCGCUAGCUAAUUGAUCAUUCACAUUCUGAAUCAACCAGUUGCUUCUUUAGAAACGAUUCCAAGCUAAUUAGGUUGCUCGAUGUUACUAGUAUUUGUAUAGCAAGCUAGCUAUAGGUAUACAGCAAUUUUGGUCGAAAGUGGUCAACAUCGAGCUAGCCCAUUUAAGCGCUCAUUUGUAAAAUCACAUUGUCGGUCGAGGGGAUGGUUGAAGUUGUCGAGUUUUAGUUUCAAAGUCUACAAACUUGGAUAACUUACUAGCGUCAAACGAAUUUGUUCCCGUUGCAUCAACUGUAUGUUUUCCACAAACAAUUGUACCGUUCAUUUAACGUUAGUGCCAGUAACGUUGACCAGCUAACGUUAACUUAGCUACCGUUUGCCAGCUCCGUUUCCGUGAAGCCAAAACAGCUUGUAUGGACUGACUUAAACGCCGUCCCUUUUCUUUAUUUUUUAAAUUCCAUACAAAACAUUUCAUUUUCAAAGGAAAAAAAUAUAACAUUACUUAGCUAGCUAAUAUCACAGAAGAGUAGCCAUGAGUAUCGAAAUACCAGCGGGUUUGACGGAGUUGCUACAAGGCUACACCGUGGAAGUGCUCCGCCAAAGGCCGCCGGACUUGGUGGAGUUCGCCGUUCUCUAUUUCACACGCCUACGGGAAAACAGAACCCAAGACGGCGCUGAGCCGAGUACCACAACCAAGUCUGGAGGCAAAGGAGUGAUGUUCGAUGGUGAGCCGAUGCAGACCGAGUCAAAUGGAGAUGAUGAAGACGAGGACGAUGAUUCUGAUUUUGAGCCUCCUCCUCCCAGUCGAUUCAUUCGCAGGGUGUCAGUGUGUGCCGAGGCGUAUAACCCCGAUGACGAGGAGGAGGACACAGAGCCGCGGGUCGUGCACCCCAAAACGGACGAACAGCGCUGCAGAUUGCAGGAGGCCUGCAGAGACAUCCUGCUGUUUAAGACCCUGGACCAGGCAAACUGUUACAAGAUGGAUACUGGAUACUGGAGCUGUUUCCAGACUACAGUUGAGGAGCAGUUCUCUGAGGUGCUGGACGCCAUGUUCGAGCUGCGAGUGCAGCCGCAGGAGCACGUCAUCGACCAGGGCGACGACGGGGACAACUUCUACGUGAUCGAGAGGGGCGUGUACGACAUCGUGGUGCGGGGCUGCUGCGUGGGGCAGUACGAUAACAAGGGCAGCUUUGGGGAGCUGGCGCUCAUGUACAACACCCCUCGAGCAGCAACCAUCAUCGCCACCACGGAGGGGGCACUCUGGGGCCUGGACCGGGCCACCUUCCGCAGACUGAUUGUGAAGAACAACGCCAAAAAGAGGAAAAUGUACGAGAUCUUCAUCGAGUCUGUGCCCUUGCUCAAGUCCCUGGAGGUGUCUGAGCGGAUGAAGAUCGUCGAUGUCUUAGGAAUGAAGUCUUUUCAGGAUGGAGAGCUGAUCAUCAUGCAGGGGGAUCAGGCAGAAUGUUUCUUCAUUGUGGAGUCGGGAGAAGUAAAGAUCAUGAUGAAAAGUAAAACCAAGGCGGACCAGCAGGAUAACGUGGAGGUGGAGAUCGCCCGAUGCAGUCGGGGCCAGUACUUUGGGGAGCUGGCUCUGGUCACCAACAAACCUCGCGCUGCGUCUGCAUACGCUGUGGGGGAGGUCAAGUGCUUGAGUGAGAAAACGUCUCAUGUACAUACACACCCCACACCUAACAUACACACACACACCCCUCACCUAACAAACGUGCACACCCCACACCUAACAUACACACACACACACCCCCCUCACCUAACAUGCACACACACACACACACCCCUCACCUAACAAACGUGCACUCCCCACACCUAACACACACACACACACACACCCCUCACCUAACAUGCACACACACACUCAGCCCGCACUUAACAUGCACACACACAUGUACACACCCCACACUUGACACACACACACACACACACACACACACACACCCCUCACCUAACACGCGCGCACACACACACACACACACACACACACACACACCCCUCACCUAACAAACAUGCACUCCCCACACCUAACACACACGCCCACACACACACCCCCCCACACUUAACAUGCGCGCACACACACACACACACACACACACACACACUCAGCCCGCACUUAACAUGCACACACACAUGUACACACCCCACACUUCACACACACACACACACACACACACACACACUCUCGUAUGGCAUCCAGAGUGAGGACCAAGCAAACUGAGUUGAGAACUGAGGACCCUGUUCUAUUUAGUGAGAAACGGACACUGAACUCUGAUGCUAGGCCAUCCUGGCACCACUGCUGACACUUUGAAGAAGCAAAAGGGUCUAGAUACAGCUAUUUUUUUUGAUUGGCUACCAUUUUGGAGGGGAAGUUGCUUUGUGAGUGGGGAAGGGAGGGGUGUUGUUUCAAUGGUUAUUUCUUAGUUUGUUACAAUUUUGGAGGGAAAUUUGCUGUUGCUGGGCAGAUGCAAAGGAGUCCUGACGCAGGGAUUUGAUUGAUUGGCUACCAUUCUGUAGUGGAAAAACUAGUCGUGCACAUGACAAAAGAGUUUCAGCAAGUGCACUGAAAAGCAGUUUUAUAAGGCAUGAUUCUAGAAAACCGGAAGAACAGAUCCACUUGAAGUGCUCGUGUAUGAGAUUCUAAUGUACUAAGUUAUUCAAUUGACCUGGUUAUAAAUAAAUGUUCAUUAUUAUAAAAGUCAUAAUUUAAAAUGUCUUACCAUUUCAGAUUGAUUUUGUAGAUAUCUCUCUUCACAAUGUCAAUGAUGUAUUAGCAGAUUUUGCAACCGCCACAGAAGUCUGUCCGUUUAAAUUUGCAUGCUGUAUUGUACAGUAUCUUCAGCCAAAUAAGGAGGGUGAUGCAGAAACAAAAGUCCAUAUUUUGACUCAGUUAGCCGGUUCAACAGAGGUCUCUAAGUGAGAGCAGACGGUGGGGGGAAGGCAGGCCAUUGCUGAUUGGUGCAGAGUCACCGUCUGCUUCCUCAUACAGUGUAUCAAUAUCACCUGCACUGCUGGGAGAAAGAGCCCCACAAUAUGGCUCCUUCAAGCAACGGCCUGCUUGAGUGGCUCAGUGCUACAGACAAGUGCCAUUCAUCCUGCUGUCCAUCACUAAAUAUUCCACUUAUAUAUGAAACAUAAUUAGAUUUUAUUUUAUAGUAUGUAAAACUGAUAGAAGGCCCUUGCUUUAUUACUUCAAUUAUAGCAUCAUUUUUAUAAAUACAACACAUUAAAUGAGUUAUAAUUUGAAUAUAUAUAAUUGGAUCAUAGACUCAAUUUAACGUAGACCUAGUUAUAUUUAUAUCAUAGAUAAUUUAGUAAUAAAAAGAUAACUGUGAGAGAUUGGUACAAUAUCAAAUAUGAAUUGAGUGAGAGGAGAUUGUAUGGGCUAUCUGUAAUGUGUAGGCAGCUCAUUUCUGUUGAAAAGCUGGCCAAACUCAUCUAAACACCCAUCCCUUCCCCACUCACAAAGCAACUUUCCCUCCAAAAUGGUAGGCAGUCAAAUAAUCCCUGCUUUCCCUCCAAAAUGGUAGGCAGUCAAAUAAUCCCUGCUUUCCCUCCAAAAUGGUAGGCAGUCAAAUAAUCCCUGCAUUCCCUCCAAAAUGGUAGCCAAUCAAUCCUUUACAUCUGCCCAGCAACAGCAACUUUCCCUCAAAAAUUGUUAUGAACUAAAAAAUAACCAAAUCCGGAUAACUUCGUCCAAUCAGGAAAAUCAGUAAGGUUUCUGACACCCAAUGGCAUAAUUCCACUGCACGACAUGUGUGUGCUUCAGGGGGGCAGAGAGCAAAGAGACAAACACACGAACACCCCAUAAAUGAGGACCUCUCAGAAAAUCCUGACUUCCCCAAAAGGUCCUUACUUGAAAGGUUCCAGUUCUCACGUUGGUCCUCACUACUAGUGCAAUACGAAUACCCCACACCUGACAUGUACACACACACUCUUACACACGCUAGACAAACACUCCACACCAGACGCGCGCACACACACACACACACUCAUACACACACUCACAUACACCACACACACACACCACACACAGCAUACACACCACGCACAUGCAGCAUACACAAACACCACACACUCACCACACACACAGCAUACACACAAACAGUGUGCUGUGUUUGUGUGUGUGUGAGUGUAUGCUGUGUAUGUGUGUGUGUGCGUGUGUGCGC